AUGGGGUCAACCACGCUUGCCAUCGCAGUGAUCGGUGGAGGUGGCUUAAUAGGCAAGAGACACUGCCAGCAUGUGGUUGAAAAUCCUCCCGCUCAUCUGGCGGCCAUUGUCGACCCUGGUCCAGAAGCCAUCGAUACCGCUCGCCGCUUCGACGCUCCCCUAUAUGCGACGCUCGAUGAGCUCCUCGAUAGUCCACACAAGCCGGACGCCGCUGUUGUAUGCACACCCAAUCACACUCAUGUGCCCGUUGGCGUUGAACUUGCGCGUGCAGGAGUGCACAUCUUGUGCGAGAAGCCCAUCUCAAUCGACUGUACGAGUGCACAUGCUCUCGUCGAGGAAGCCAAGAAGAAUGGCGUCCAGCUGCUCAUCGGGCACCACAGACGCUUCAAUCCGUACAUGCUAGCGUUGAAGAAGGUUGUAGCCGGUGGCCAACUCGGCCGAGUCAUUGCAGUCAACGGUCUCUGGACCACAACCAAGCCUCUGGACUACUUCUAUGGAGCGAAUGCGUGGAGGAGCAACAAGGGCUCCGGAGGACCAGUGCUGAUCAACCUUAUUCAUGAUGUCGAUCUGAUGCACUACCUCUUCGGACCGAUCACCACUGUCCAUGCUGAAAAGACCCUGUCGCAGAGGUCUGCAGAUACCGACGCAGUGGAAGAAGGCGUUGCACUUAUCUUUAAGUUUGCGAACGGGAUAGUGGGGACUUUCGUGGUGAGCGACAACGUCGCUUCUCCUCACAGCUUUGAACAAGGCACGGGUGAGAAUCCCAAUCUGCCCAUGACCGGGGCCGACGUAUACCGAGUCUUUGGCUCCCUUGGAACUGUCAGCUUCCCCGACAUGACACUUUCGAGCUAUCGGGGUGUGGACCCCUCAUGGAACAAUACCAUGGCAAGUGUUAGGAUGGCAGUAGAGGGAAAAGACUCAGCACCGCUAGCGUUGCAACUUGCGCACUUUGUCAAGGUAUGUCGCGGGCAGGAAGCUCCCACGUGUCCAGGUCAGGAAGGGCUGCGUGCUCUUGCCGUUUGCAAUGCUGUGCGAAAAGCGCUGGACGAAGGAGGGAUGGCGAACGUAGACAUGUCGAUAUAA